GGGGCACAGGCGAGCGACUCGAGCUUAACCUGAGACCUGGGAUCUCACCACGCGGGUCCAGCUGUGGAUGUCCAACAUCGUUUGCGCCUGGAGUUCGUUCAAACGUGGAUAAGGGGACUCAGCCCUGAGAGAAGUAUUUAUUCCCGUUAGUGUAAAAAGGGUUAAUUGAAAGUGGUCCAUUCAACAUGGAAUUACCGGUUCUGGUUUUAGUGGCGGUGGUCCUAUCGUUCGGCACCAGCACUAAACUUAACGUGCCGCGCCUUCGACUGUCAUACAAAGAUCUGUUGGCCACAAACCGCACCUCCAUUUUCAGUGGUUUUCAUGGAGAUCUGCACUUGUCAGCUGUGUUUUUGGAUGAAUAUCAUGACAGGCUUUUCCUGGGAGGGAAGGAUGUUCUCUACUCGUUGAGACUGGAUCACAAACGUGAUGCUAAAGAGAUCCAUUGGCCUUCGUUGCCUGGGAACCGUGAGGACUGUAUUCUCAAAGGGAAGGAUCCCGAGACAGAGUGUGCAAACUUUGUGCGGUUGUUGCAGCCAUUUAACCGCACUCAUCUACUGGCCUGUGGAACUGGAGCUUUCCAACCUGUGUGUGCAUAUGUGAAUGUUGGACAGCGCGGAGAGCAUUUGUUCAGUUUGGAUCGCACCACGGUACAGAAUGGGAGGGGGAAAUGUCCCCGUGACCCCAAACUACCCUUUGCAAGCACCUUCACAGGUGGAGAGCUGUACUCCGGUCUGACUGCAGAUUUUUUGGGGAGAGACUCUGUGAUUUUGAGAGGUUUAGGGACUCGCUCGCCAAUGAGAACAGAGACGGAUCAGAGAAUCCUACACGAGCCCAGGUUUAUUGCGGCCCACCUCAUUCCUGACAGUGCAGACAGAGAUGACGAUAAAAUGUAUUUCUUCUUCACUGAAAGAGCAACAGAGACUGCAGAGCGAGGCGAUGAAGGAGCCAUACACACACGCAUUGGACGAUUGUGUGUGAAUGAUGUGGGUGGGCAGAGGGUUCUGGUGAAUAAGUGGAGCACAUUUAUUAAAGCCCGACUGGUGUGUUCGGUUCCUGGACCUCACGGCAUCCAAACACACUUUCACCAGCUGGAGGAUGUGUUUCUGUUAAGGACCAAAGACGAAACCAAUCCAGAGAUCUACGCAAUAUUCAGCACCAUCAGUAAUGUGUUUCAGGGCUAUGCAGUGUGUGUGUAUAGUAUGGCUGAUAUCCGUGAAGCAUUUAAUGGGCCAUUUGCUCAUAAAGAAGGGCCGGACUAUCAGUGGGGACCUUAUGAAGGACGAGUCCCUUACCCAAGACCAGGAGUGUGCCCUAGUAAGAUCACGGCCCAACCUGGUCGUGCCUUCCAAAAUAAUCUUGGGCGCAGUUGGUGUAAAGUCACUGCAAAGAAAAGAAAAGUGGUACCAGAUGAACAUAUCACUAAGACAGAUGAUGGUUUGUUGUUCCGCCGUGUGCUCCGUCAGGACGAAGGCAUCUAUGUGUGUCAAUCUCAGGAACACGGAUUCACACAAACCCUCUCACGCUUCUGGUUGGACGUCUUACACACCGACACCCUUUCGGACCUCCUGUCACGUGACAGCAAAUAUAAAGUAUGGUCACCGUGCCCUGCCAACACAGCCUCUACCAAUCGUGGCCCAGCCAGGACGUGGUUCAAGGACAUCUUACAGCUGAUUGGUCCUUCGAACCUGCCGCAGGUGGAGCAGUACUGUGAACGUGUUUGGUGUAAUGAGAAGCUGAGACGCAAACACAAAAGCAUGAUGAACAAAUAUCGGCAAGUGCAGGACUCUGCACGGAGAGCACGAGUCCAAAAGAGCACAGGAGAAUCCCGAAUCCGCUCUCCACGGGACCUCCACUCACAAGAGUAAAAUACAGAGCCACAUGAAGCAAUAUGGACUUCCAAAGGAAAGUGGACGUGAUUUUUAGAUGCUCUCAUACACACACAAACAUACUUGUUUUUGUUUGUGGUGAUGUAAAAUAUUAUAGGUUGUGUGUCUAACAAUCCAAGAUCUCUCCCUGUUAAUUAGGACAUUCUUGAGAGUCCUUUCCAAAAGUUCCUGUGACCAUGGCAGCCGGCCCUCAUCAUCUCACAGUAGACCAUGGCUGAUGUCUUAAGAGCUCAGCAGCUGCAAAACCUUUUUACUGGAACAAAUGAGGGUAGACAGGAUGGAACUAGUAGAUUGGAGCGCUGACCCUGCUAUAACAGGUGCCAAAAAA